CCUUUCCAUCCAACUGUCAAACCAAACAUCAAAGCAAACCCUGCGUCUCCGUCACUAGCACGUGCUUUCGUAAACAAACGUCGUCCCCGGAAGCUGUUCCCCACCGCAAACAACCAUGGCCAAUCGCAACGAAUCCGCCCCAUCCCGUCCCGUGUGCCGCGUGUGUCUGUCCAACGACGCGCUGCAGGUCGCGAUCUACGGCGCGUACGGCCGAGCCCACAAAAUCCCCGUAAAGAUCCGCGUUUGCCUUCCGAUUACGGUCGAUCGGAACGACAAUCACUCCAAGACGAUCUGCCACCGGUGCGUGACCAAGCUGGACGAGUACUACGACUACUACUGCAACUCACUCACCUCGGAUCGCAUUUGGAAGGGAGAGGAGCUGUCCGUCCAGAAGUAUCUCCGCCGGAAGGUGGACAGCAAGCUGACGGCGGCCGUCGAGCGGCGAACCGAGCGCGAAACGCGGGUUGUUCCGGCGCCAGUGGUGGACGAUCUGUUGUUGCAGUCGCCGAAGCUGCAGCUGCCCAACAGUACGUACGUCGUGGAGCGCAGGGAGGACAGUCCGCGGCCGGAACCUUCGGCGAGUUUUUUGGACAUGAAGAACCACAGCCAGCGCAAGAGGAAGCCUAAGGUGGCGUCGCAGUCGAAGAAGAUUCAGUCGACGUACACCGUUUCGCCGACGCUGUUUGAUUGAGAGAUGAUUUAAGUGUACUGUUUCGACAGUAACAUCAUUAUUGUGAAUUUGAACAUUGGCUUAUUUUAAUCAAUAAAUACUAUUGCUCUGA